AUGGAUCUUGUUAACCACCUCGAAGGAAGACUCCUCUUCGCCGUCCCCAAGAAGGGCCGCCUCCAACAAGCAACCCUCGAUCUCCUCGCCGGCUGCGACGUUCAAUUCCGCCGCGAAACCCGCCUCGACAUCGCCCUCGUCAAGAACCUCCCCAUCGCCCUCAUCUUCCUCCCCGCCGCCGACAUCCCCACCUUCGUCGGUGAAGGCCGCGUCGACAUCGGCAUCACAGGCCGCGACCAGGUCGCCGAGCACGAUGCCCAGCUCCCGCCCGGACAAGUCUCGAGCGUUGAGGAAAUCAUGGAUCUUGGGUUCGGGGGGUGUAAACUGCAGGUGCAAGUGCCGGUGAAGGGGAGCUUUGAGAGCGCUAAGGAUUUGAUUGGGAGGAAUGUGGUGACUAGUUUCACGGCGCUUGCGGGGCAGUUCUUUGCGGGGCUUGAAGGCGAGAGCGAUGCUCCUAAGAAAACCAGUAUUAAGUAUGUUGGGGGGAGUGUUGAGGCUGCUUGUGCACUGGGUGUUGCCGAUGGCAUUGUUGACCUUGUUGGUGCGUUUCCCUCACCUUCCGAACUUAUGAACUUCUUUAAGAAUGGGCUAACGAACGCAGAAUCCGGCGAAACCAUGAAAGCCGCCGGCCUCAAGGCCAUCGAUACCGUCGUCACCAGCACUGCCGUCCUCGUCAAAUCCAAAAACGCCACCAACCCGCUCGUGGACCUUCUCACCUCGCGUGUGCGCGGUGUCAUCACAGCCCAGAAAUACGUCCUGUGCCAGUACAACAUCCCCCGUGCCGAGCUCGCGACUGCAUCGGGCAUCACCCCCGGCAAGCGCGCACCUACCAUCACUGCUCUCGAAGAGGAGGGCUGGGUUGCUGUCAGCUCGAUGGUGGAGAAAAAGAACAUUGCCACCGUUAUGGAUGAGUUGAGUAAGGUGGGAGCGUCGGAUAUUUUGGUCUUGAACAUUGCCAAUUCGCGAACGGGUUGA